UUCAUUCCGUGGAAAGUCGUCGUGGCUUAGUAACAGUUUCCAAGCACCACCAUUUGAUUCACCAUGACGUCUUACAAAGUCGAACAACUACCGUCACCUUUAAAUGUUCUUGGAGAAGGUCCUCACUGGUGCAUCCAAAGGCAGAGUCUGUACUACAAUGACAUUUACGGAGGAACCAUCCAUCGUUACGAUUAUGCCGAAAAUAAGACUUAUACCGCAAGUGUUGACGGAUACCCGGUCAUUUCCUUCAUCAUCCCGGUGAAAAACAACCCGACCCGGUUCAUCAUCGGCACGGGCCGCAAGAUUACGCUGGUCGAGUGGGACGGAAAGGCGUCGAAGGCCAGCUUUGUGGAGACCGUUGGCGAGGUCGAGUUCGAUCUGCUGGACAACCGGUUUAACGAUGCCAAAACCGAUUCCAAGGGUCGGUUUUAUGGUGGAACCAUGCGUCUGGAGGAAAAGGGUGACAUUUUCGAGGCGCGGCUGGGUACCUUCUAUCGGUACGACGCCAAGAGCAAAAACUUUGUAGUGCUGAAGGAGAAGAUUGGCGUUUCUAAUGGGCUGUGCUGGAACAAGGAGGGCAAUCUGUUCUACUACAUUGACUCGUGCGAUUUGGACGUGAAGGAGUACCACGUGGAUGCUGAGGGAAAUUUGUCUAAGGAACGAGUUGUAUACGACUUCAGCUUUAACGGCGAACGACCCCCAUUUGUUCCGGACGGCAUGACGAUUGACCAGGCAGGAUGCAUUUAUGUUGCUACCUUUGGAGGUUCUACGGUUUACAAGAUCGAUCCAAGCACCGGCAAAGUGGUUCUGGAGAUCAAGAUCCCAGCCGAGCAGGUUACCUCCGUGGCCUUUGGAGGACCUCAGCUGGAUGAGCUGUUCGUUACGACGGCAGCGAAGGAAUUCAAGUCGCCCCAACCACCACCGGCUGGAGCCCUGUUCAGAGUGACUGGGAUGGGAGCCGUUGGAACGCCUAUGUACGACGUUGAGUUGUAA